AUGCUACGCUUAGCAGCCCCGAAAGUCUCGCAGAAGAAACUCACAGAACUGAGGGUGUGCAAGUAUGCCUGCGAACGCGCUAUCGUAUUAGUGCUACCACCGCCGAAGAAAUCAGCGACGACCAUCGGUAUUAUUGCCAAUAACUUCAACCAUUUUUACAUGAGAUUUAGGCCACUGACCCUACUGCUCAAAUUGCAUGUGAGAAUGAUAAAAUAUUCUUUCGGCCGUGCAUUUCUGGUGGCCACGUUUGUCUUUCAGCUUUGCAAAAAAGGUACAUCAUGUGCUGGAAAAGGCAUUUUGGAAUCUAUAACAACAUCAGCACCAAAUGUUAUCUCGGUGGGGCGAAGACGCGGUGUCGGUAGUGUGUUUUUGUUCUCUAUAGAAUAUGCACAAAUGUUUGUUGGUUUUUCAGCAAACAGAGCUGCCAAAAGUCGCCUAAUAGACAUUUCGCUUUAUAUGGGCUUUGAGAAGGGUGAAAUUGCGGCUAGCACACAACAGGACUAG